AUGGCCCCCAGUAUCUUGGCUGCCGUCCCGGGCAAUAUCAUAUCCCCUUUUUACACCAAAUUGCGUGGUAGCUCCAGACAGGUUUCUGGUAUGUCUAGUACGUUGGAUAACGAUACCCACUCCAACAGUGGCUUGUCCCGCUCCGGUACCUCCCGCCGUGAGUCCUUCAUGCCUCGGAAGUUCCACUCCACCGGCAGCUCAAAGCUCUCUGGUGUGGUCCAAGGCCUUCAGCGCCAGAGUGGCUCUGAGUUGGGAGCAAACGUGUCCUCCACGCUAUCCAAUACCGACCACGCUACCAUCUUGGAAUGGAUUGCAACCGAGCGCAUGAGCCACCUGCCCCCCGAAGGAAGCAGCUAUGAUAAGGUGCUCGCUUGGGCCCAGCUCUUCGUUGAGCGUCUACAUUCCUUUGACCUGGCUAUUCGCGACUUCGAGGCAGGUAGCUGGCUCGCUGCUCAGCUCUCUUACGGAUACUGUGCAAUGCUCCUCGAGCUUGGCAAAGAGAAUGCGCCAGCUCUGAUGGCUUCCUUCGGGUUUUUCUAUAGCACUUCUUCAACUCUGGUGGACCUGCUUGAGCGCACUGAGCUCUUUGCUGUCUCCCAGACGAUCAAGGAUCAGCUGGUUGAGGCCUUGGCCGACCUUGUUUCUUUGGUCGCCCACGUUUCCACUCACUUCCACCAGUCUAUCUAUGCACUUUCUGACGGCUCGAUCUCCAUAAACAUUUAUGAGACCUUCAAUGGCCAGAUUGAGUCUUUCCGUGGACGCUGCGCGAAGAUUUCAGACUCCAUGUGGAGACACCAGCUCGUGCAGGAGAGCAAGGACCCCGAGAACGUGGCCGUUGUUAAGUCCGUCCGAAGCUGGCUGUCUCCAGAGGACCGCGUCCUCACUCACCUCGCCGAGAACACCUACCUUGCCCACGAACGCGAGGAGAUGACCUGUCUCUGGAUGAACCCAUACUUGACCCACUUCCUUAAGAGCGGCAAUCACGUUCUCGCCUUUACUGGUCCCCUUGGAUCUGGGAAGACUGUCCUCGCCUCCGUUAUUGUCGACCGUCUGCAGGACCACAUCGGCGGUGUUACAUACAACUCAUUGUUUAUUCCAAUCAAUUCCAGAAUCCCAGCCCAGACCACCCCCAUUGCAAUUGUGAAGACAAUUCUCUUGCAGCUCUUUGAGAAGCGUAUUGGUAACAUCCAGCUACUGCAGAUUCUGCACGAGGCCUACGAUGCAAGCAAAAAGACCACCAACGAGGAGGAAUACGAGAGAAUUCUCUGGAAUGCUCUGGAGAAUGCAUUGAGCGCAGCUCUUGCCCGCGCUAAAGACCUUGUUAUCGUCAUUGAUGGCGUUGAUGAGGCUUCUUGCGGUGAGGCACUUUUGCUCCAGAAGCUGAUUGCUGCCACCUCCAACGGAACUAACGUUAAGCUAAUCACCCUUGGUGCCGAGAAGCCCAGGACUUCUGCCAGUCUGUCGCAUGUCCCUAUUGGUGGUGACCGCAUUGCUGAUGACAUUUCCACCGUUGUCCGAAGUAACUUCACCGCCGCCAACUCGCCUGGCAGCAAGGUCUUCUUGUCUAUGGAUGAGAUGGAGCAGGAGACCCUCAUUGACCAGAUUAGCGAGGCCGCUCGUGGUUCCUUCUUGUGGGCUAAGCUGUGCACCAAGCGCGCUCGCCUUGAGCAUACCCCCGAUGCCCUCUGCAAGGUCGUCGGCGCUAUUGUCAAGGGCAAGCCCACCAUUGCCGACUUUGUUCUCUACAGCCUCCAGGCUCCCGAAGUCACCGAAGAAGCCAAGCUCAUGCUGCUUUGGCUUGCUACGGCUGACCGUCCUCUGCUGUCAAGGGAACUCACCACCUUGGCUUCGAUUGAGCCGGAGAAGCAGAUUGUUAAUGAUCGCAGGAUCAACAUCCGUCAAGUCUUGAAGCCCUUGAACUCCAUUGUCUUCAUGCAAGAUGGUCAGGUGUACCUUCGUCACGGUCUGAUUAGGACCGCUGUCUUGGAUGUGUUCUCCAAGGGCAAGUUGAUCCCCACGGUCAAGGACCAUCAAACUGACCUCGUCACCCGCCUCUUGGUCUAUAUCAAGUACACUGUUCCCGAGCAGCAUGAGCCUUCCCUCACUCCCCUUGAUGGUCGUGAUGUCGCCCCCCGUGUGAAAACCCACCCUCUUCUUGAAUUUGCCGUUCGCUACUGGCCUCGUCACUUGAAGCAGACCACAACCUUCACUACCGGUGGCUAUGAUCCUAUUGCUAAGGAGUUAAGCAAGGUAUUCCCAGCCAGUGUUACCCUUUUGCUGCUCCAGAGCACGGUCUGGAACAACUUCUCUACACCUACACUGUUGUCAUACCACACCACUAUUACCAACAUGUGCCGCAAGAUUUUGGGGACCAGCCACCCUGUGACACUCCAGUCCAUCAUCUCGUUGGCUCUGCUGUACCGUGAGGUCGACCAAACCCCAGAGGCCAUCCCUCUUCUCUACGAGAUUACCACCAUCAGUCGCACUCUGCUCAGUGCAACUCACACCAUCACGAUGCAGAUGGCUCUGUUGUUCCUCGAUCUGACUGUAGACAUGGUCACUUUUACCAAGUCGGAUAUCAUGACUAGGCGUGAGGAGCUUCUCAUCAUCAUUGUCGAGUGCUAUCAGGCUCACUAUGGCGAGAAGUCUGAGAAGACAGUCAACAUCAUGAAGAGUCUGAUUGAACAUUACCGUGUGACCAAAGAAGAGACAAAGAUUCAGACUUGGACUCUCAAGAUCCAGAGUCUUACCACCACCGCCACCAAGUACGACGGCGAUGAUACCCGCGAUCUCAGUGUUCGCCUGAAGGGCCACAAGCAGGACCUAGGUGACACUGGUAUUCGUUUCCUCCUAGAUGCCGAGCACGACGAGGUUCACGAAAAGUCCGAGUCGUUCAAGGGCCAGAUCACCAAAGCCGAGAAGUACACGGCCAAUGGCCGCCUUGACCUGGCCGAACGUCUGUACAUUGAGCUCUGGCAGCAGGCUAAGACCCAAGAACACAAGCUGCAGUCCGUUCUUGCUUACUCGAAGUUUUUGACGACCCAGAAGAAAGAGCGGGAAGCUUCUUCCAUUCUGUCCAGCGUUUGGGAAGAGCAAAAGAACAGCGCUCACUCUCUUUCUGAGAGCUCGACUUCGUACUUGGAGCAGAUCGCUAAGGUGAUGACUACUGUCGGCCUCACCGUCGCUGCUUUGAGCAUCUUCAAGCACUGUGCCUCGUUCUACCAUCGUACCAACCGUACCUCAUCCUACUCGGAGAUGCAGAAGCACAUAGAAUCUACCUCGCAACAUGUCAAGAAACAGGCUAGCUCAUCGUCAUCGCACUUCUCCGAGACUACCCUAGAGGAGAUUGUUUAUGAGGCUUCUAGCUUCUCUAAGCUUGACCAAAGUUCAUUCACUGCUACCAGUACUUUGCUGACCUUAUACACCAAGGAGCACCGCUGGAAGGAUGCCACCCGUCUCCUCAAGAAGGUUCUGAAUAGCAUUUGGCCCUCCCUGUUCGCUCCUUCCAUCCAAGACGUUGUUCUUCCAGAGGAGCACACUGACAAGGCCGUGGACCUUGCCGAGCGUUUGAGUCAGUGCUACCACUACCGCCGUCGCUUCACCCGCGAGGAAGGCAUUCGUGUCCGUGUGCACCGUGCGGUCCGUGCCGCUCGGCCAGUGGGUGACAAGCUGAGGGAGACUGUCAAGGAUCAGCUGAUCAGCUUCUUCAAGGAGUCUUCCCAGCCGGACAAGGUCAUCAACACCUACCAGGAGCUUUUGGACGACUACACCAAGCACUAUGGCCCUGAAAACCCCACUGUGAUCAAGACCCUGUUCACCUUGGCUGAGCUUACCCGUCCUCGCCCCGUCUUCGUGGAGUACUACCAACGCAUCGUUCUCGCCUUGAACAAGGACUCGCCGGUCAUCAAGCCCGAGGCAUUGGAGCCCGUCAUCAUUGUUGCAACUGAGCUUUGGGCUCAAACUCGUUACACUGAUGCCGUCCCCUACUUUACCCUGCUCUUCACCACUUUCUUGAAUCAGCCCAAGCAGAGCCCUAAAUUCCAGGACGCGGCCUUUGUGCAGUCAGUCUUCGAUCGCUACACUCACUGCCUGCGCAAUAACCGCACUGAGUUUGCCUUCGUCCACAAGGUUACCACCGAGUUCUACAACAAGGUCAAAAUAGUCUUCGGAGCCACCGCUACGAUCACCAUCCAAGCUACCUUGACCCUUGCCAAGGUGUGCCAGGAAACCAAGACCUAUGAGAGUGACGCCAUCGCGCUCUACGAGCAGCUGCUCAAGCUCAAGCCUGCUGGCGUUAACCUUGAGGAGAUCGAAGUCAUCCUUGACGGUAUCUUCGAGGAGCAGACCGCCAGUGCUACCUCCAAGUCUCAGUCCGUUUCCACCGAUCAGAUGAAGCGCGUCACUAAGAUCCUGCGGAAGCGCAUUGAAUCCGCUCGCGAGACUUACGGCUGGGCUCACGAGGAGACCCUCUCCAAACUUCAGGAGGUAAUUUCAUUCCACUCCAGCCACAAUGACACCCAGCGUGUGUCCCAGGAGCUGCACGAGUCAACGAAGCAGAUCCUAUCUUCCGAGACCUCUUCGGAGCGCCUUGUGGCCGCAGCCACCACUAUUGCUACCGGCUUCAUUACCACCGGCCAGGCUCACAAGGCCGCUGAGCUGUCCCAGGAGCUCUAUCGCCAGAUUGUCAUGAAGGACACUAGCUCUAAGGAGACCCAGCUCGAUAUCUCAUCCAAGGGCCGUCAAAGCCUUGUCUUCUUGGCCCAGCUUGAGCACAGCGUGCGCCAGGGUACCUCCAGCGUCACUGAAAUUCUCGCCUCUUUGACCGCCGAGUAUGUCUACUUCGAGGAGUUCAGAAGCCACACCAAGUCCAAGAGCAGCUCUUUCUACACAGUCUCGGUUUCUGUUACCCGCCUCUACAACUUCCUCCUCGCCAACAAGCGCCAGGCAGCUGCUAACCGUGUCUUCGAUGACUAUGUCGCUUACUUCGUUUCCACCGAAGGGGCACGCAUCAAGUUGACUGAGACUGCUCAGGUGACUGUCUUCCUCCAGACCAUGAUAGGCUACCUCACUCAGCACCAGUCCUCAAACUUCGUCCGCUCGGUCGGUAUUGCCUCCAACGUCAAGGUCCUCGAGCUGCUCGAGGCCAAAAACUACGACGGCGCUACCAAUCUUUCCAUCGCUGCCUUCCGCUACAUUUCAGCUCACGAUAUCUACCGAACCCCUGAGAUUGUCAAGUUCGUGUUCAGCUUGGGUCUGUUGAUCUCUGGCCAUAGCCUUUCUCCUCAGCCAGAGCCUUCUAUUCAGAAGAAGCUGCACAAUGUGUCCGCCAGCAUUAUUCAGGAGGUCCUCCGCGUUAUCGUUGAUCUGAAGAUUAACCUGGCCCAGAUCAACUUGGACUACCUGAAUGCCCUCAUCGGUGUCCUCGGUGAGCGACAGGACUACAAGAACCUCGUCUGGCUCCUCAGCGAUCUCUGGAAUAGCCGUAACAAGCAAAGCCACUGGACCCCCUCCAUCACCCUCGACCUGGCCCGCCGAUAUAUCUUGGCCCGUUUCCUGGUUGGCGAUACCGUUAAGGCCACUCGCCUGGCCGAGGACAUCGUAUACAACUGCCACCGCGUUAACGGCGCUCGCCAUACGAACACUCUCGAGAUGUCCACCCUGCUCUCGCAGCUAUACACCGCGAUCGCGCAGCGCUACCAGGCCUCUAAGAAUGGCCAGCACAUGGCUAAUAAGUACUAUAAGAAGAGCGCCGCGGUGCACGAGAGCCUCCUCCGCGUUUUAGCCGACCCCUCGCUUUCGGAGUUCGAAGGUGCCCUCGAUACCAGCUUCAGCAUGGACGGCUCCGCCUACGACCUGAACAUUCAAGAGCAGGGCUCCGACGGCGGAUACUCGUUGGCUAGUGGUGAGCACGUUCGCGUCCACCUCAACCUGCUCAAGCUCUCCGUACAGCGCCUAGGGGACUGGCCCAAGGAUUACAGCGAAUAUGAGACCCUCAGCGCCAGUCUCUUCGCUGAGUUCGGCGAUGAGCUGAAGGGUGUCAAUGGUGUUGAGGAGUGGAACCUGAAGAGCUUCGGGUCUGGCAAGGCUGCCAGUUCUGAGGACACAUUGAAUCUGAAAGGCUUCACCUGGUCUAUUGAUCUCGGCCAGCAGAAUGUCGAGGUUGAGGAGGAGCUGUAA